CUGGAGUAAUCGACCUUGACUGCAUCGAUGACGCGUUAGCAUUAGCAUCUGUAGGAAGAUGGCAUCCUCGGACCAAUCCGACCAGCAAAAUCAGAUUCCCACACCAGUCAGAGAAGAUGCUGCUCCAAGAGAAACGCUGAUCGCCACGGCAGUGAGGUUUUUACAAAACCAGAAAGUUCGUCAAAGUCCCAUAGCAACCAGAAGAGCUUUCUUGAAGAAAAAAGGCUUGACAGAUGAAGAGGUGGAGUUGGCCAUCCAGCGGUCCGGUAGUACAGAAGAGGCACUUGCUGUCAGCGUUACGGGCCCCGCACACAUCGCCCAUCCGUUUCCACUGGCCCCUGUCCCCUACACUCACCCAGGUUACAGAUGGAGAGACUACGGUGCCCUGGCUGUUAUCCUGGCUGGAAUGGCGUUUGGCUUCUAUCACCUAUAUCGGAAAUACAUCCUUCCCCUCAUUAUGGGCAGCAAAGAGGACAAGAAGCAUCUGCAGAAGAUCGAGAGCAACAUCGCGGAUAUGAGUGGCACGCUGACACAGACAGUAACUCAGUUGCAGAUGACUCUGAACUCUGUACAAGAACUGCUGGUCCAACAACAGAAGAAGAUUCAGGAACUGUCACAAGAGCUGGCUAACUCACAGGCCUCGUCUUCAACCAACCGCAUGCUGGAGUCUCAGAGCAUCAGUGAGCUCAAGGCUGAGAUUGUGUCGUUGAAAGGUCUUCUUCUCAGCAGAAGACAGUUCCCCGCCUCACCCUCCAUUCCCAAAAUCCCAUCCUGGCAAAUCCCUCUCAAACCAGGAUCGCUGUCCAACCCCCCCUCCGUCAACCACACCAACAGCAGCAGCGACAUCUCUCCCGUCAGCAACGAAUCUACCAACUCCUCCCCUGUUAAAGAGGGCAACAGCUCCCAGGCCACCCCGCCCGGCUCGCACUGCCUGAACGGAGACGUGGGCCUGGCCUCCAUGCUUCCUCUCGACCUAAAAGACCAGGUUCGCAUGGAAGUCCAGGGGGAGGAGGAGAAGAACGAUGAUGAAGAUGAAGAAGAGGAUGACGUGAUCCAUGCGGAUGAGGAGGAACUUCUGAGUGUCCAGACAGAAGACAGAAGGGGAGGUGACGGACAGAUAAAUGAACCGGUGGAGAAGCUAAGACGUCCAGAGGGGGCGAGCAACGAGAGCGAGGUCGAUUAGUAAAAAAAUAUUCGUCCGUUCGCUCCUCAUGUGGUUUUUUGUUCCCUUCGCCCCACCUUAGUUAAUUUCGGUGAUUGUUGCAGUAAAACGGUUACCCCUGACAUCAUUUACACUGUAAAGAACAGCAGGUGUUGCGGAUUAUGUCCCAUUCAUUGCAGUUCUGCACCUUUUUGACCUGACUUACUUGACUUUUCAACAUGCAAACUUCCAACGUGCAAACCAGCUUGGUGUCGGAAACCUUCUGCAUGCCUGAACAAGCACAGUGACAAAGAUGUUAAAAUACUGAGAGAAUUAUGAACAUGGCUUAUUUCUUAAGUUAUCAAUUUCAAGCUAUUUCACCCGAUGGUAGUGAAUACAGUACAGCUUUAAAGGAAAACAUCACAGUUUUUCAACAAUUUACUAUGUUCUUACCUCAACUUUACGAAUUAAUACAUACCUAUCUUUUUUCAAUGCGUGCACUUAAUCUUUGUAUGGAGCAUUGUGAAUGUGUUAGCAUUUAGCCUAGCCCCAUUCAUUCCUUAGGAUCCAAACAGGGAUGAAUUUAGAAGCCACCAAACACUUCCAUGUUUUCCCUAUUUAAAGACCGUUACAUGAGUAGUUACACGAGUAAGUAUGGUGGCACAAAAUAAAACUUUCGUUUGGAUCCUAAGGAAUGAAUGGGGCUAGGCUAAAUGCUAACACAUUCACGAAGCGCUGUACAAAGAUUAAAAGUGCACGCAUUGAAAAAAGAUGUAUGCAUUAAUUCAUCUAAGUUGAGGUAAGAACAUAGUAAAAUAUUGAAAAAAGUCCAUCAAAAACAAUAUGCACAGUCAGAAAAAUGGUCUCAAGAUGUCAAUGGGGCAGUACCCUUUUUAAAAAACCCUAAUAUGUAUACAUUUGGUACCAAUGUGUACCUUUGAUGUACUAAUAUGCAUCCUUCGGUGCAAAUGUCUACUUUUUCACAGUGACAGCUAGGAACCAUUUCUUCUGAAAAUAACAAUUGUUGUUCAUUCAAACUCCAACAAAGUUGAACAAAUUUUGGAAACAACGUGAAGCAUCCUUAAACCUCAUUAUCUGUAAAAGUGAAACUUGUGAGAUUUUGCUGUAAGCUUUUUUUUUAUACCAAGGCCUCGUAAUUUGUGAUGAGAGCGAUACCAGAUUCGCGUCUCGGUGGUAGUGCGAGGGAAAACACGCACGCACAGUGAACGAGGGGAAGAGAAAUGCGUCUGUCUCGCCUGUGUCUCUCCAGUCUCCAGCAGGGUAGCUGAUUUGGUUUAUGAAGUAUGUUAAUAAUCAAAUGAUCGACAAAUAACAGAUGUAUUAGUUCAUGCGGCUUGAAAUGUCAAGGAGGCUAAAAUCGGAAAUCUAAUACAGAAAGCCUGUUAUAUUGUAUUAUAUUACAUGACAAACCCUCCAGUCCAAAUUAUAUAGGCCUCCUGCAGUGAAUAAUCUUAACAUGAAACGGUGCUGGGGUUUUGUAAUUAAACCGUGUAAAACAAUAGAUGCUUCAGCGGAGGUGCUGACAGUUGUGCUUUUCUCUUUGGGGGCUUUUUUCUCAGAACAUCCUGAGAGGAUUAAAAAAAGGACAAAAAAAGAAAACUCCCUGUGAUGCAAAUCGAAAGAAACGUAUGAAUAUUUAACUAAUGAAAUUACUCACUCGCCACCUGACGAGAAAAAGCCAGAGAGAUCCCGGAGUGAGAACUACAGCGUCAGAUCCAUUUUGACAUUUUUGCUUUUAACAAAUGACCUUCAGAGUAACCGGAUUACGGCACAGGCAGGUGAAUCUGCGGCCGUGCACAAUGAUGGAGCUCAAGCUUUCUGGCUGUGUGUGUGUGUUUGUCUUUUACUUCCUACUAGAAGUGAAUUUACAUACUCACACAAGAAUAAUAUGUGAUCAUAUAAUGUAUUUAUUGAUUCGAGAUUGAUUUUUUUUAAACUUAAGCAUUGAUUUGCAAAGCUAAACAAAUGCAAAGUAAAUGAUACAGGUGAAUAGUUUGCUUUUUUAUACAAGGUACAGUAAAUAAUGACUUAAAGUUUGGUGUGUUUCUCACACUUUUUAUCAUUGCAUUUUUUUUGUGGUCACUGUUACCUUGUAUAAAAAAAAUUUUUUGUCAAAAUAUCAACACUUUUCUGUUUGGAAUGAAAUUCGGUGAGUAAAUAAUAAUAAACCUUUUUUAAACUUCCCUUCCUUUGAACUACCUGUAAAGUUUCUUUCAUUUCUAAAGUAAAUGGUUUCAUACAGAGAUGACAUGGUUGAGUUACCGAUAGUUACUGAUAUAACUGAAAGGAAGGAAGGAAGACCAUCAGCUUCAGUAGUGUUCAGAGUGUCGUGCAUACUAGUUUUUACUUAAAACCACAUUCUGGAGUUCCUGUAACUAGCAGGUUGAUUCUGGUAUUGUGACAACAACAGCACACCGUACUAAUUUUAUCUAAUCUAUGUAAAUCUUCUGUGAGACAGGUUAGAGCUGCUGAAUUAAUGAUAAACCACAGAUUCGGGGCCCAGGUCUCUUGAGAUUAUGUUCUCAUCGUGUCCAACUGCGUUUUUAUGACAAAAUGUUGUUGGGAAUCUAUGUGGCUGGGUUUUAACAACUCAGAUUGCAUUGAUAUUCAAGCAUUUAUUGUUUGUGUGUGUUUGUGCUGGCUUCGUUUUUGGAUAAGCUGGUAAACACUGAAAGGGAUAAGUCACCCAAAAAUGAAAAUGUUGUCAUGGUUUACUCCACCUCAUGUUGUUUUAAACCUGUAUGAGUUUCUUUAUUCUGUUGAACACAAAAGAAGAUAUUUUGAUAAAUGAUAGUGUCACACAGUUGGUACCCAUUGACUUGCAUAGUAGAAAAAGCAUCAUUUAUCAAAAUAUCUUCUUUUGUGUUUAACAGAAGAAUGAAACUCAUACAGGUUUUUUAAACAACAUGAGGGAGAGUAAAUGAUGACAGUAGUGUCAUUUUUGGGUGAACUAUUCCUUGUAGUGGGUUGUAUGAACUGCACAGUGUUUAUGUUGGUAUUUGUCAGAGAGAAAUUCUGGAGAUGAAUGUAAAUAAUUGUAAUAAAUCUGAUUUACCACAAGA